AAUUUUAAAUGUGUUAAAAAAUUAAGGAAAAAAAAAGACAUACCUGGAAUCAUUUGCAAUAAAUGUCAUUAGAUUCUGUCCCCACUGACAUUCACCUCUGGUGUGUUUAUUUCUCUGAACAGGUCUUGCAAGGAUAUGAAUGUGGUGCUGAAAACUCCCUUUGUGUUGACCUCUGUUUGCUUUGCUUUUCACCCUGCAAGAGGAAGACCUGCUGUCAAGCAAUGUUGGCCCAGCACACAGCCACGAGACUCAUGACAGAGCCCUCAAACAUUGAUGGGCCAAAGUGAUGUAUGCUUAUGAUAAUUCCUGACUUUUUUUUAAUCUACCUGGAAUCUACAUGUUUGUAGAGGACACAUGUCAUCUAGAUGGCACUAUCCAGCCUGUCACUUAUCCAGGCACCUUGUGUUCUUAUUACAAGACUUGUUGUGGUAGGCAAAAGGUUUGCUCCAAGAGGGACUGACAAACUGGUUCCCCAAGAGAGGACAUACAGAGUAAUAGUUGGGCUGCUCAAUGUCCUGCAAAAAAAGCUGAAUAGAGAAUGGUAGUAGUUGACUCAUGUUGAAAGUAAAAAGAUAGUGGUGCUACCACUAAAAAAGAAUGCAAAGAUGAUGGCGAUCAUGAAAUGGGACCUGAAGAACAGUAAAUGGUGUGGCUGACUAGCUGGGAUAGCUACAGUUCUCUUUAGGGCCGUCUUGGCCCAGAGAGCAUGGGAAGAGUCAGUUACUUUCCUCAACUCUUCAACUUCGGUGGGACUUACAGCCCUACGCAUAUUGUUUCAUCUUAUAUAUCUACUUAAACUGAAUUCAUGAAACAUAAGGAUCAGAAGUGCUGCUGGGUGGUGAGGAGAGGACCCUGGGCCUCCCUGUGACACUUGUGCACUCUGUCUCACAGGCUCCAACCUUGUCUGGGGCUCUCGAGUGAAGCAAGAAGGGCCAGUUUUGGACAUCAGUGUGCUUUGGGAAGCAGUGUCUGAACAAUGAAUGUAAAAUCUGGAAUGAAGUUUCAAUGACCAAGGAACUGUGGAGGCAGCUGUGCCUGAGACGCUGGGCCCCCUGCAAACCCCCCUCAGUGGUCCUGGGCACACAGACAUGGAAACAGUACUAUUUAUGCCGGUCUGAGUUGGAGUUCCGUGUGGAAUCCGGGCGACCACAGGACUUUGUCUGCAAAGCUAUUUCUGGGCACACAGGACAAAUAGAUCAGCUGGCCUACGUCUCACCAAAUGAGUACCGCUUUGAUGGAGGGGCGAAGUCUGUGGUGUGCACUGUGUCAUCAGACUGUACCGUGCGUGCCUGGGAUCUGCAUGAGGGCACAGAGAUCUGGUCCAGCCCUGUGCAACCUGCUCCUCUGGUAAGUUUGGUGGCCUAUCCUCAGCUGCAGCUGGUUGUUACUGUGGACACACAGGGAUUGAUCAUUGUGUGGAAAGCAGAGACUGGGUGUGAACAGGCCUCCUUCUGCUUGCCAACCUCCUCUUCUGCCAUGGAGGCCUGUGACCAUCCAGACGGAACCUUCCUGCUGGUAAGAAAGAUCCAGCAGGACACCCUACAGGAAGCAGCCCCUCCCUCAGUGCACUCUGACCACACAGAGAUGUUUCCUCAGGUGUUCCACACGCAGUCCUUGCCACACCAGUCAGAAGACAAGUCUCCUGUCUCCACCACCUUCCCCAUCAGGCAGAGUUCCAGAGCCUGCUGGGCUCCUGAUGAGGCAGCCAGACUGAUGGUGAUGCACAGAGAUGACAGGGGCACGCAACUGGUUGUCACUACCUUUGAGUUAAAGACCAAGAAAUCCAGGGAUAGAGUGAACAUCCUGGCACAACAGCUGGCCAGUUUCCCCUUGCCGGACACCAUGAUGCCUCACCUCAUGCAGGGCCACGGCUCCCAGAUGAUCCUGCUGGCCUCCAGGUCAGAGCUGGUGUUGUUCACCAUACACGGCCUGCAGCUGGUAGCCUUUCAGGACCAUCAGAGGCCCAUCACAUCCAUGUGGGUGGACCUGAACCGAGUCAUCACCUCUUCGUUGGACCUGUCUUUGCGUGUCUAUGUGUGGAAUAAGGAAAAUAAACUUCCAGUACUCAAGAGCUGCUAUCAUUUGCUUGGGGGAUCUCACAGAUGGGCCAGUGGAUUUACCCACGUGAAAAGCGACAGCAUGAGCAUUGCAGGUGUGGAAGCCAGAAGCUCUGGAACAAGCAUCCUGAGGUCCUAUUACUACAAAGUUCAGCUCGGCUAGAUCCCACCAGUUGAAAAUGAUCUUGCUUUGUAUGCAUGCAGACUCUUGACCAAAGAUGUUGCCUGUUCUCACACCCAGGUUCUCAGAAAGAACCAUUGUGGAGAAAGCAGCAAAGCCUCAGAAGAGAGGGAAGAAAUGUCUUUUAAAAUGUUUGUUCCAAUUAGGUAAUUAUUGUCAAUAAACUUAGAACUCAUUUUGUAUCUG